AUGUCUUCAGGCUCCCAAGAUCCAAAUUGGAAAUCAUGGAUCAUACCUUAUGUUGCUAUUAUUUGCACCUUCACCCUCCUCUUCGGUUACUACAAGAUACUCCGACUGAUUUGUAGACCACUUGAGAGCGCGGGCUUCUCGAGAAACCCGAACCAAAGUCGUGUACCGAGCGAAUUCAACCUAGACGAUCCCUCGCUGCAGUUUCAGCGCAACGGACUUGACUUCUCGAUUGCUCGGUCUCUUCCCGUGACUCAGUUCAAGAAGAAAGAUGAAGCUGAGGCUGCAGAACGGAGCCCCGGCCAGAGCAACACAGACUGCGCAAUCUGCUUGGGGGAAUUCGAAGACGGGGAAUGGCUAAAAGAACUACCGAAAUGCUCCCAUGAAUUCCACAUUUCUUGCAUAGACGCUUGGUUUGUGUCUCACUCAAACUGUCCCAUAUGCAGAUCACAGGUCUCUGAUUUGAUGCGUGAUCCUCCUGUUCCUACGCAAACUCCAGAAGAAACAUUGAGCCGAGACGAAGUUGAAGAAAGGGCAGCGCAUUUCGAAUUGCUGCGAUCUGCCGUCAUAGAUGUAACCCGCCAUCGUGGAGAUCUCAUGACAUGA